UCUGCUCUAAACUUUCGCGCUCGAAAAAGCCCUAAUCCCCAAUUCGUCUUCAUGAAGAAUCGACGCCAAAGAAAUCUGAAUUUUUCAAUUCGCUAGUUCGGAAUCGAAAUCAGAGCGUAGAAACCCUGAUUUUUUGAUUGGGAAAUUUGUGAAUUGUGCGAUGGAACUUGAAUUUUGAUCCCAAAAUCCUAUCUAAUUACCCCCGAAAACCCCUGGUUCUCCGAAAUUUUUACAAUGGACGCGAAGGACAUUCUCGGCUUGCCCAAAACUCCACUUACUGCACCACAAGAGAAGAAAUCAAGACCUCAGAAGGAUUCUCAGAGAAAACCGGAUGGCAUUUCGCGAGAGGUUUAUGCGCUUACAGGGGGUUUGGCGCCCCUAAUGCCUGCAGUAGACGUCUCUCAGCUGAAACGGCGGCCUCAAUCGGACGAAAAGGUUACUUGGCAGUGGCUUCCUUUUACAAGUUCUGCUCGGACUGAUAAUUUGCAGCUUUAUCACUGGGUCAGAGUUGUAAAUGGUGUUCCGCCAACUGGUGACUACUCUUUUGCUAAGUAUAACAAGUCUGUCAAUGUUGUCAAAUACACAGAUGAGGAGUAUGAAAAGUAUUUGACUGAUCCUACGUGGACCAGGGAAGAGACAGAUCAGUUAUUUGAGUUGUGCGAACGAUUUGAUCUCCGCUUCAUUGUAAUAGCUGACAGGUUUCCAUCAUCUCGAACUGUGGAGGAUUUGAAGAAUCGCUAUUAUAGUGUAUCCCGAGCUAUUUUGGUUGCUAGAGCUCCAUCUUCAGGCGAUGUUUCUGGGCACCCCCUUGUAAAGGAACCAUAUAAUGUUUCACAAGAGGUUGAACGCAAGCGUGCAUUAUCCAUGAUCCUUUCCCAGACAAAGCAGCAAGAGCGAAAAGAUGCUGAGGUUCUUGCUGAAGCCAAAAGAAUUACUGAAGCACGCAUUGCUGCAAGGGGUGCUGAAGAGUCUGAUAUGCCUGUCGCAUCAAAUGUCAGCCCUGAAAGUAAUGAAAAGAAUAUUAUUCCUGUUGAGACUGUGUCACCUUCUUCCAAUGUUCAGAUUCCCCCUACAACUGUUGCACCUCCAACAUCUACAGCUGAUGAUAUAUCCACUCUAAAUUCACUUCGUGGGAUGCGGGUAUACUUGAGAACGUAUGCACUUGAGCAAAUGGUGCAAGCUGCAAGCUCAUCUGCUGGACUUAGGACUAUCAAGCGGGUUGAGCAAACUCUACAAGAUCUUGGGGUUAAUUUAAAACCGAAGGUACCAACAAAAUCUGUUUGUGCAGAGCAUCUGGAAUUGAGAAAAGAAAUUUUGACUCUACUAAACCUUCAGAAACAGUUGCAAUACAAGGAAGCAGAAGGUUCUUCGCAUCGUGAUGGUUCAUAUGCUGAAACACCAGGCACACCUAAGCGAUCCCACCGCACUGGGGAACAGGAUCGGACAUUUAUUCCUGACUCCAUAAGUUUUGGAGGUGAAAGAGUUGGCAAAAGGGACCAGAAACGCAAGGCACCUGCUCCACCAUCACCGGCUCAGUCUAAAAGACCCAGAAAAUUAAAGGCUUCAGAUUGAUAAAUUGAGGUCAAGGGGUACCUUUAUGUCCAGCCAACACCUGUAUGUUGGGCUUGACUUGAAAGCAAGUUUUGAGCUCUGGGAAUCAGAAUUGAAAGCCAGAUCCAUGAAUUUCCAUAUCAGCUGUAAUCUGAUCUAUGGGUGCAGGGGGGCAUGAAGUCAAAAAUAGGAAAAGAAAAAUGUCAAAUCUUGCCUUCAGUGUGAUAAACUAAUUUGUUGUACAGAGUCCCUACAAAUAUGAUGACAGUACUGUAUCCUCUUAAGAUGCCCCAGGCAGGGGAGUUGGAUUCUAGGCUUGGAGGAGUUGAAGUAGUUUUUUGUUUGCUAGGUUGGAUUUGCAGGCUAAUAUGAACCAAACUUAUGGCAUCUCUAAUGUAAAUACAGUCUGUAUGAGAAUUGAAGCCACUAUUUCCCAGAAAAUUUCAAGUUACAAA